AGAUACUCUCUUUUCCCGCUGCUGCGCGGAUACGCCGUUUCUUUUCCUUUUUAAAGAAAGGCGAGCGAGACCGGCUGCUAUCCAACUGGUUUUUAUUAAUAUUAAAGACCCUCUCUUUCUCACUCCCUCUCCAAACACCACUUAGCAAAGUCAUGGCGUCGUCUGCCGCCCCCUCGAAGCGAUCUUCCGGCGUGAAGAAGGCGACUAAGACGAAGGCGUCCACGGCGGGUGGCGCCAAGAAGGAGGCGCUGCCCAAGAUUGGGAAGGGCGGUGGCGCGUCCACCGUCAAGGCAGCUGCCGCGCAAACCGCACCUGCCGCAGCCGCCAAGCGCAAGGCAACUGGCUCCGUCAGCACCCGUGCGACGAGCAAUAAGAAAACGAAGUCCGUCGGUGGCCCGCGGCCUCCGCCGUCGUCGAAGAAGGGGACUCGUAGCACGGCGGGUAGUCGCGGCAGUCGUGGCCGAGGUGGCCGUAGAGGUCGUGGUGGCCGUGGCGGACGUCGCGGUGGCAGCGGCGGCGCGACGAAGCAGCAGCAGCACCAACUGCUGAUCAUCGCCGCUGCUCUCGAGACGGCGGAGGAGGACGAGCAGACGCUGCGCCACGAAAUCGAGGUGACGGAGGAGCUUGAGUUUGACGGCUUCCGCCCCAUUUACAAUGUUCUCGUCAUGGAAAUGGUUCGCGGUCAGGUGGAGCAGGUGAACCUGCGUCAGCGCUCGCUGAAUGAGAUGCUCGAGACGCUGAAGGCGGAGGGCCUCCUAGGCGGCGACAACCGACAGAGCUCGCGGGAUGCGCAGCAGGCAGAGGCGCUGGUCGAUCGGCUGCGGUCGCGGCUGCAGAGCGACGCGGUGGCCGAGGUGCAGGCGCUCAAGACGGAAAACGCGAACUUGCAACACAACUUGGAAGCCAUGACGCUGACAGCCGAGAAGAAGGCGAGUGAGAUGGAGGUAAUGCGGUCCAAAUUCGCGCGUAAGCUGGCGCGCAGCGACGUGGAAAAUGACACCACGCGCACCGAGGUCCAGGCCACUCUGCACGCCUCCGCCUUAGAUGUGGAGCGCAUUAAACGCGAGUUAGUGCACCGCAUUGACAUCGCCUGCGCGUCCAUUCGCACGCCACGUUAUAAGACUUCGUUAGAGGAAAUGCGGGAGCUGACGCGGCAGGCUCAGGCAGAGAUCCAGCAGCACCACGACGAACUGACGAAGCUGGUCGUGUCGAUUGGCGCCAAAGACACCUUCUUGAAGAACGAUGUCGACACGAUGCACUCCAACCUUCCCACGCAGUACCGCACGGAGUUGCGGAAGAUGGAGAAGGAUCAGCUGCUGAACCUGUUGGAUGUACUGAGCUUUCAGGAUGGAGUGGUGGACACCGUCGGCAAGGCCAUCUACGUCACCACCGAAGUGCAGCACAAGACCGCCGUUGUGUAA